UCAGUUCAGUCAUGAGUUUCCAGUAAGAAGAGGCGUGUGGUGUGAAAUGAACAUCGUUCUACUUUUCCACAUCACCUUUAAGGAUUAAUUUGACCAUAACCGUCUGAUUGAGACUCUAUUGAUGGAUCUCCACUCGAAACUUUCUAUCCAGAUCGGUUUAUUAUUUUCAAGAACUGGAUACGAGUAAAAGAGAAACCUGCGCACUUCACUAGUUUUACGGGAAUGGACAUUUAGUGAGAAAAACAGCAGAAAUGGCAGGAACAAACAGCUCGAACAUGAAAACUCUGGAGGAUUUGACUCUGGACUCCGGCUAUGGAGCAGGGGACUCGUGUAAGUCCUUAAGCCUGUCGUCCUCCAAGUCAAACUCGCAGGCGUUCAUGAACACCCCUCACCGGGGGAACUGGUGGUACUACUCCGGCUCUAUGAACAGCAGGAACAACAGCUGGGAUACAGUCAACACGGUGCUUCCAGAGGACCCAGAGGACAUUUUCUCCAAGUGCCCACGCUUACCGGAGCUGGAGGAGUUCCCGUGGACGGAGGAGGACGUGGGGAGGGUCGUGCGUAAAGGCGCGGGGAAGGGCGCCUCGCUCUCCGCGGAGGCUGUGCGCAGACUGGCCGCCCUGAUGCGCAGGGCGCUGAUCCGCAUCUCCAGAGAGGCGCAGCGGCUCAGUGUCAUGCACUGCAGAUGCACCAGGUUCGAGGUGCAAAGCGCGAUCCGCCUGGUGCUCAGCUGGGCGCUGGCGGAUCACUGCGUCUCGGCCACUGUGAAGGCCAUAUCCAUGUACAACAUGAGCGCUGGAGAGCUCUUGCGCAAGGGGAAGUCAGCCCGGUGCGGGCUCGUGUUCUCCGUCGGACGGGUUUUCCGCUGGAUGGUGGACACUCGGAUCGCGGUGCGCAUCCAUGAGUACGCGGCCAUCUGCCUGACCGCGUGUAUGGAGGCUCUCGUGGAGGAGGUGGGCGUGCGCGUGCUGAUGGCGGAGACGCCCGGCUGCGUCCUGACGGCGGAGGCGCUGGAGGGGGUCAUCAAUAAUGAUGCCGAGCUCUGGGGGGUCCUGCAACACUAUGAGCAUCUCAUCUGCGGGAAGAACGCCAAUGGUGUUCUGUCACUUCCGGCUCAUUUCAGUCCAUACACGGAGGGACGUCAGACGGGGUUGGAGAGCAGAGAGGAUGCGUAUGCUGAACUGGAGCUGCGAACACUCGAACAGGCCUUACUGGCUACAUGUGUGGGCAGCAUCUCCGAACUAAGUGACCUGGUGUCACGGGCCAUGCACCAUAUGCAGCGCCUCAGUUCUGUCCGUCAUGGGCUCAGUCCUGCACGUCAUGCCCGCCAGCAGCCCGUCUCCUGGUCUCCGGAUGCCCUCCACACUCUCUACUACUUCCUGCGAUGCCCUCAGAUGGAGUCCAUGGAGAACCCCAACCUGGAUCCGCCCAGGAUGGCCCUGAGCAAAGAAAGGCCGUUCCUCCUCCUCCCACCGCUGAUGGAGUGGAUGCGUGUGGCCAUCGUUCAUGCGGAGCAUCGCCGCAGCUUAUUGGUGGACAGCGAUGAUGUACGACAGACGGCGCGGCUGCUCCUGCCCGGACUGGACUGUGAGCCCAGACUGCUGAAGCCUGAGUGCUGCUUUAGCUCCUUCAGGCGGCUGGAUGCCAAAGCCGCCACAGAUAAGUUCCAGCUGGACCUGGGUUUCCGCAUGCUGAACUGUGGCCGCACCGACCUGAUCGGCCAGGCCAUCGAGCUGCUGGGGCCAGAUGGUGUCAACAGCAUGGAUGACCAGGGUAUGACUCCGCUAAUGUAUGCCUGCUCAGCUGGAGAUGAAGCUUUAGUCCAGAUGCUGAUUGAUGCUGGAGCCAAUCUGGAUGUAGCGGUACCUGUUUGCUCCCCCAAACACCCUUCAGUCCAUCCAGACAGCCGCCACUGGGUGGCGCUCACAUUCGCUGUGUUACAUGGACAUAUAUCAGUAGUGCAGCUUCUGUUAGACGCUGGGGCGAAUGUGGAAGGAGCAGCCGUCCGUAACGGACAGGAGAGCAAUGUUGAGACGCCUCUCCAGCUGGCAUCUGCAGCAGGAAAUUACGAGCUGGUUAGUUUACUGCUGGCGCGUGGUGCCGACCCCCUGCUGAGGUCCCAGGACAGUAACACGCUGACAUCAUCGCUCUAUGAGGACAUGAACUGCUUCAGUCAUGCUGCCGCCCAUGGCCAUAGGAAUGUUUUGAGGAAGCUGCUCUCUCAGCCUCAGAAGGUGAGGGAAGAUGUGCUCUCGCUGGAGGAGAUCCUGGCAGAGGGUGUGGAGGCCGAGACGCGGGCGUCCGGCCGGAACGGACAUUCUCUACCCCCUCCUCCAUCCCCAAACCUCAGCCUGGUGUCAGAAGAUGCCCUGCCUAAACUGUGUAAGGCCCGUAUGAAAGCUCUGCAGGAGGCAUCCUUCUACAGCGCAGAGCACAGCUACCUGGAUGUCACCAUGGAGCUCAGAUCAUUGGGAGUGCCAUGGAAACUCCAUGUAUGGUUGGAGUCACUACGCAGCGCUCAGCAAAAGUCCAGAGCUGGAGUCAUGCUCUCCCUUCUGCGAGACUUCACCUCCAUCAAAGAGGAGGACUACUGUGAGGAACUAGUCUGCGUCGGCCUUCCUCUGAUGUUUAACAUUCUGAAAAAUAGCAAGAGCGAGGCAAUAAUCCACCAGCUGGGCGUCAUUUUUAGUCACUGUUACGGUCUUGCUCCACUUCCUCCUAUCCAAGAAAAGAAAGCAGCUCUCUCCGCUCAACUCGACCCUCACUUCCUGAACAACCCAGAGAUGUCUGACGUGACGUUCCUAGUGGAGGGCAAACCGUUCUACGCUCAUGGGGUUCUGCUGCUUACGGCAUCCGACAGGUUCAAAAGUCUGCUGGCGCUGAACGGGACAGACAGCACUCAACCACACAAGGAAAUCGAGAUCAGCAACGUCAAGUACAACACCUUCCAGAUGAUGAUGUCCUACCUGUACUGCGGGGGGACGGAGUCUCUGAAGAUGGGUGUUCCAGAUUUACUGGAGUUACUGUCAGCAGCCAGUUUGUUCCAGUUGGGGGCGCUACAGCGGCACUGUGAAAUUAUCUGUGCUCAGAACAUUGACCUCGACAAUGCUGUGAACAUCUACCACACUGCUAAGACUCAUGGUGCAGUGGAGCUCAGUAAGUACUGUGAAGGUUACUUCCUGCAGAACAUGGCGGGUCUGUUGGAGAGGGAAGCCUUCCGGAUGCUAAUCCUGGGGUCCGGGACACGGAGCGGGUCUGGAAAAGACUCUCUUCUGGAAGAGCUGGAAGCAACGUUAGCGCGCAGACUACGCUCACUGCUAGUGACUUCUCGUGUGUGAAAGGAAAAGAGGGAAAAUAUAGAAGGAAGUACAAAAUAAAGGACAUGAAUGUGUGGAUGUUCAGACAAAAAUUAAAGACUGAGGAACCAUGAAAAGGAAAUGCUGUUGAAAAAAAAAUGAUGGACUGACUGAAGUGGAGCUUUGUGGACAGUUUCAUGAAUUCUACAAAUAAUCAUUUAUUGGACACAAGCUUUGGGAGCUUGUGAAAAAUGACAUAAAAUGCUGCAGCAUUUGUGUGGCUAAAGCUCUCCGAACUAAAGUAUGUUAAGAUUGUGUUAAAUUGCGGACAACAGUUUCCCCACACUUAAACAUGCCAUUUUGUUCUACUAAAGUGGGAAGCUAGAGCAUAUCUUUUUUUUUUAAUACAUAAUUGUUUUAUUUUAAGCUAUUAUAGAUGAAUCUUGAUGAAUGAUGAAUAUUAUAGAUGAAUGGAGAAAGACAAGGACAUUUUCUAUUUAAAAAUGUGAGAUUAUUUAAGUUGCUAUUUUAUCUUGCUUCAU